AUGGUAUCCCCAAAUUCGCUGCAUGACGAUGUGCACAAGCAAGUGACGGCCGUGUGUCAUUUCCUCUUCACCCACAAUGCCACUCGUGAGGAAUCACUUCUGGAGGUCCAGCUGAAGAGCAGAGGUACUCAGUGGUCGACUGCAGUUCAGCUGGCAGGCUGCUCUCGAGGUGAUCGAGUCGUCAAAUUGGCUGCCAAGCAAAUUGUCGCUACGAAAAACGCAGCAAUUUUCGCCUCCACACUGCAGUCGGACUUUUCCUUACACUACAACGCAAGGUUUCGAAGAGCACUCUGGACGCAAAUUGGCAAAAUGACAGCUGAGGAAAGAAGUUUGCUGUUUCUCUGCCGACGAAGUCGAUCCUCGUCCCGCCUCCAAAAUACUGGUGCACUCCAUCAGGACCCUUGA